CUACUUUAGCUUUAGCUUGCUUUCUCUACCUUCUACCUUCUACCUUUGUUUUUUUCACGACCCCUCCAUUUCCUGGAAAUAUCCUCCAGUAAGUGCAACAGCGAUGAUAAUUCAAUUGUAGAUAUCUGUGAAUCCAUGCCUCAUACAAACCCUAAUAAAAAUCAAGAAGAUCAAUCAAAAUCGAUGGUAAUGUCUCACAAUUCACGGCACUCCAUAGACUCCUGCACUCUCCAGCUCCAUUCAUGGAGACCCUUUCUCGAUUCCGACCCCCCCACCAAUUCUAAACCCUACGCAUCUUCCCGUACUCUCCCUAAACGCCCCUGCCUUUCCGAUCGCGCCACUUCUUUCCCUUCUAACAUCGAUUCCAUCGACAUUUCCAAGCUCUCUCUCCUCCAAGACGACGACAACAACAACAACAAACCUAUCCCCGCCACUCCAGCUGUUACCAAUAGUCCCUACAAACGAGGUACCUUACGCCUUAUCGAGCGCAAGAGGCGUCGCAGAGGAUCCCGGUCCGUGUCCGGCCGGAGCUCCGAUAGAAGUGGAACCUGGCGGUGUUGCUCUGUUGGUGCGGCUCAUGGGACUUGCUCGGAUUUCCCUGUGGCGGUGGGGACGGACUCUAGUGGGGAGCUGUUUGUGAAUGGGGAUGCGAAUUGGGCGUCGGAUGUAAGUGAAGCCAAGAAUUCGAUAAAAGAGAGGGAGGAGAAAGAGAAUUUGUUGGGAGUGGGUAGUGCUUUUGGGAAUUUGGAUAGUGAGUCUGGGUAUGGGAGUGAACCUGGGUAUAGGGGGGAUGCUGAGUUUGGUUAUGGAGAUGAGGUGGAUGAGGAAGAGGAUGAUGCCAGGCUGUUAUUUUGGGGACACCAUUUUCAAGAUUCUAAGAUGGAAAUGGUUGGAGAGAACACAUUUGAUCCAAAAACCCAUCACAGAUGUCGUCGCAGGAAGCAUGAUUAUAGAAUGGUUGACUCAUUGAGAUAACUCACCCGGUUGUUGGAAAUAGGAGGAGAAAGUGAGGUCCUUUUGCCACUGGUGUUUUGAUAGUAUUUACUGUAUUAAUUUCUCGCAACCCUCUGCUUUCAAUUCCUCUCCAAUUUUGUUUUAGAAUCUCAUCUCUGCGGCCGAGGUUGGACAACAAGCGGCUGCUUUUUGCGGAUUGAUCCAUACUUGUUUGUUUAAAUGCCUGUGACAUGUCUAAGUAGUUUAUUUGUGCAUUACAUUCAAACAACUCUUGUAAGAAUUGUUGUUAAUCUGUAAGUUAUACAAUUUUUUAUUUAAGAA